AGGAAUCUCUCAUUAUUCUCAUUUCAAGGAGCAAUGUCUUUCGGUGGUUUGUACGAAUGUGCUUUCAAAAAUGCUGCGCUUAAACGGUUUCCGUCUACGAAGAUCGAACGAUCAAAUUCAGUGAAAGGAAAAAAUGGUGAUAGCGAUUUGGUUACUCUUGAUCAAGUGAUGAACAGGGCGCGCUAUGUGGUUUUUUAUUUAAUUAGUUCGAGUGGAGGUCGGGCAAACGAACUUAUAGCUGCUUUAAAACGUCUGCAAGAUAUUCGUAAUGGAGAGUGUUCUGACGGCAAUAAAACCUCACCUGCGCGGAUACGUCGCUUUUUCGGGGUCGGGCACAAGAGCAAAAAGAAGAAAUUGUUGGAGACUAGGGAAGUUGACGUCAUUGUGGUUGAUGUUGAUCCACCAAAUGAAAAUCAGGACUAUUCUGGCUUUGUGGAUUCAGGGUGGUUUACUUUUGUGCCGAUGACGCCUAUGAAUAAGAGCAGACUUCUACGAUCUCUCAAAUAUCAGUUUACACCUUCCGUGUUGGUCGUUGAUACAGCCACUCGGCACUUAGUUUGUGGUGACGGACGGCGAAUAAUAGUGGAGGAUCCUAGCGGGAGCAAUUUUCCUUGGGUAAUUCCUUCUGCAGAACAGCUUUUCCAAGGCACUGUUUUGAAAAAUUCACCGGAGGACAGCGACUCGACAAAGUUGAUUAAAAUUGAAUACAAGGAUUUACCCCCCAGUGUCAAAGGACUUUAUUUUGCAGCAAAUUGGUGUCCUCCAUGUCGCGCUUUCACCAAACAGUUAAGCGCUACAUAUAAAAGUCUAAGAGAUUCAGGAGUAUCUUUUGAAAUAUUCUUCUGCUCAUCGGAUAGGUCAGAAGAGUCAUUUGAGCACCACUUUUCGACUAUGCCUUGGCUAGCCUUUCCUUUUGACCAUGAAAAGUUAAAUCUUCUGACGCGGAUGUAUGGUGUUAACGGUAUUCCUGCAUUCUUGAUAUUGGAUGAGAAGAACAGUGUAAUAACAUGGCAUGGAAGAAACGCUGUUUUAGGCGAUCCUCAAGGAAAGUUUUUUCCAUGGGGACCUCAAUUAAUGUUUGAACUAAAUGAGUUCACUUUGUGCCGCUUGAGAGAUCUUCCUACGCUGAUUUUAUUUACAGAAGGAACACCAGAAGAUGUUUUAUUUUCUAUCGAAGUUUUGCGUUCAAGCGCUGAAAUGUUGUUUGCGGAAAGAAACGAAGCAUUAAGACGUUCGCCGUCAAAAGAAAGUACAAGUCAGGAAGAAGAUGGGAAUGAAGGCAGUAACAGUACGUCACCAGAUUUGACCCAGUCGACAAAUUCUGUGGACAGUGUUUCAUCUGCUGAAGUUCCUGCACCGUCUUGGGCCGACCCAUUACAAGUAUUUUACACAGCCGAAGAUCCCAUCUGUGACUUUGUUCUUGAAGUUUUAAAACUCGGGGAAGCGGAAUUGCCAAUGGCAGUUAUCGUUGAUGUUAUUGGGGGUUUGAUGACUGUUUGUCAAAAACCAGAUGUUAGCUCAGAGAUUAUAGAAGAAUUUGUGACUGAUUAUAAGAAUGGCCGCUUGGAAAUGACACCUCUUCCAGCAAGCUGCCAGAACUCUGGAAUGCAAAUAGGAGGUAUUCCAAUCAAAGUGGUUCAUCAAGUUCUUGGCAUCGGGAAUUCGCCUUCACAGGGUUCAAUCAGUGGCGAUAAAGCGGUUUCUCCGACUGCUCAGAAUGGUGGUUCGUCGAUGGUUUUGUAA